UAUGACGUCACAUCUGCGUGGCGUCACAUCACUCUCCCCUUCCCCUCCCCAAUCCCCUCCCCGGCAGCCGGUGACGUCAGCCCGCAGCCCCGCCUCCUCCCCCCCCUUCACCCCUCACUCUCCGGGCACCCGCAGCCGGUGGGAGCGGAGCCGAGCGGAGCGGCCGGAGCCGGUAGCUCGGUGGGGUCCGCGGGUGUGGGACAACUCCUACAUUCCGUCAGGUUUUUGAUUGGCUUUCAAAAGAGGCCGUGUCCUAUAAAUUGCCAUCUCCGCUCUGCUUCUGCUCUGUCACCAGCUGAGGGACAGUGUGUUUGAAGGAGGAAGAUGCCAAUUGUCCGAAACGUGAGCAGAGCUGUCGGUCGGCUGCUCCAGAGCUCCGGUUGCGGAUGUGGGAUUCCCGUCGUGCCCGUUCGGUGCCUCGGAGUCUCUCCUCGCCAGGUGACCUCCGAUGCGAGCUUUCACUCCGUUUCUUUCUCCGAGUCUGAUCACCCUCGAGUGCUAAUUACAGGUGGUCUUGGCCAGCUUGGAGUGGGACUUGCUAAACUUCUGCGGAAACGCUUUGGAAGGAACAACGUGAUCUUGUCUGACAUUAGAAAGCCUGCGGAUAAUGUUUUUUAUAGUGGUCCUUUUAUCUACGCGGAUAUCUUGGAUUACAAGAAUUUACGUGAGAUAGUGGUGAAUAAUCGGAUAACUUGGCUCUUCCACUAUAGCGCGUUGCUCAGCGCUGUUGGAGAAGCAAACGUCCCUUUGGCCAGAGCUGUAAAUAUUACCGGUUUACACAAUGUUCUGGACAUUGCAGCUGAGCAUAAUUUGAGACUCUUUGUUCCAAGCACUAUUGGAGCCUUUGGACCCACAUCUCCUCGAGAUCCAACUCCUGAUCUCUGCAUUCAGAGACCAAGGACAAUCUAUGGAGUCUCCAAGGUUCAUGCUGAGCUCAUGGGAGAGUAUUACCAUUACCGGUAUGGCCUGGACUUUCGCUGCCUGAGAUACCCAGGAAUUAUAUCCGCAGACUCGCAGCCCGGUGGGGGAACAACUGAUUACGCUGUCCAGAUUUUCCACGAUGCCAUAAAAACCGGCAAAUUUCAAUGCAACUUGAAGCCAGACACUCGUCUCCCUAUGAUGUAUAUUGACGACUGUCUGAAGGCCACUCUGGAGGUCAUGGAGGCACCCGCAGAGAUGCUGAGCAUGAGGACAUACAACAUCAGUGCCAUGAGCUUCACCCCUGAAGAGCUGGCCCAAGAGGUGCAGAAACACGUUCCUGAGCUGCAGGUGACCUACAAGGUGGAUGAUGUCAGGCAGGCCAUAGCUGACAGCUGGCCGAUGAACUUUGACGACAGGAACGCCCGGAGGGAUUGGGGUUGGAAACACGAUUACGAUCUCCCGGAGUUGGUGACAACAAUGUUUAACUUCCUCGGGUCUGACUCCAGGAUUGCUCAAGCUAACUGAAAUACUUUCUAAGAUGUUUACAGAUUUCCGCUGAGGACCAGGAAGAAAUGGCUAAAUUAGUUUGUAAUUUUCUGAGUCUUAGAGCAUGUCAAUUAGUAUUUUGUUUUAUAAGUAGCAAUAGAGUUGGGCAGAAACAUACUGUAGCUGGAACGUGCUAUUAGAUAAACAUCACUUGGUACUGUUUCCAAGCAGAGCAUUGAUGGCAAACACAGAAUUCUUCAAUUUUCACACUUAAGCAGCUAGAAAAAAAGAGAAAAAAAGCACUUAUUCCUGGCUGAUGACUGUCUGGUCAUUCCUGCUGCCUGUUCCUCCGCAAACAUCAUGGGGCAAUAUUGUCAAACCUGAUGUUUUGGGCAUAUCCCACAAAGUUACCAAUAGGUUUUUUAUUUUCCCGGUGGAUCAUAGUAAGAUAUGAUCCUUUCUACUCUUUGCUUACAAAAGAGAGAUCAGGAGUGUUUCUUCAUGUUUCCAAAAUGUUGUUGCAAUUCUAGUUUAAAGUCAAACUUUGGUUGAUAGUUCAUAUUUGUAUAUAUACAUCUGUAUAUAUAUAUAGUGCUGUACAAACAUGCACUCUUUUGUAUACAUAGGGUACACAAAGCAGUGCUAUUCAUAUAGUGCUUAUAAAUGUGAAGGGGAACAGGACCUGAAUACUCGUUAUGCUUUAAAAAAACAGGGUUUACAAAUUAAGCUUUGUCCUGUUCUUUGGAAGUGCUGCUGCCUUCAGUUUAACCUCAGAGGUAGGUCUGAAAUCCGAAGAACUGUUACUUGUAUGUGAAUCUGGGACAUAUUUCAAGAAGACAAUGCCCAGGUGUGGCUCUUUUGUUAAUUAGCACUACUUUCGCUUCUGCCAAUUAUUUGCUAUGCUGAUACGAUGCCAUAAUGCUGGGAGCAAGUUUUAAAGGCGGGCUGAUGAUGGAGCCUUACGGUAAAGUCAGCCUUUAAAAUGUGUUUGUGCUCGCUACAUUUUCCGUGUGCACUGUAAGUGUAUUUGUAGCUGCUAUUUAUGUGUAACCGUCAUACGCUUUUAUUCUUUAGAGAGGAAUCCAGAAGCUGAAACUGCCUUCUAGCUACAGUUAAGGGCUGUUCUGCUCGUUGAGUUUCACGCACAGGAGAUUCUGGGAUUAACAAGGGAGUCUGAGUAGAUGCAUGCGAGGAAGAGAAUGUCUGUUCAAAAGCUGCUUAAGAGACUUUGAGAAGUGACAAACUGGAGAGAGAGACAGGAAAGCCAUUUUAGGUAAACUAUCAGUUUACAUGGAUAUGAAUCUGAGCCAUGGGUUGCUCUAGCAAUAGCAGGCCUUGAGCAACAGCAUCUGGGAACUUUGAUUUUAUGUUCUUUUCAAAGAAAAAAAUACCUUUCUUUUUCAAAAUGGCUAGAAAUUCCCUAUAUGAAUCCCUCCAUCUCUUUUUUUUUGUCUUGUAUACUCCAAACUAUGUGUAGCUAAACAUGUUCAAGUCUUUUUCUUGCCUACAACGUGUUUUCUGUAUUUUCUGUGAUGAUGCUUUGGCAGGUGCGAGUCUGUUCCGCUCUCCGUAACCCUUCGGGGUUUCCUCAGCGAGGCGAUAACUUACAUCACCAGAUUUCUGUCUUGUUGUGAAGGAGUCUACGUGCCACAGGGAAUACAUUUUCUCAUGAAAGUAGCCUUCAAAUGAAGAUUCUGUGGUGAAAAUCAGUUAUUUUAAACAUCUGGUAAACUUGCAUCUCUUGGUUUUGUACUUAUUGUUGGCGCAGUACGCAUUUCCCAGGUAUUUAAGCUCAGAAACCUCUAAGAUUGUGCCCUGUUGUUGAAACCUUUUACAAAAUAUUGUUUACAUUUCUGAAGACGAGUUUGAAACGUUGGCUGUUGUUGUAACUCUCACAUUGUUCAAGGGUACGAUUUGGCCCAAUGGGCCAGCAAAGUUGGCCCUCCAAGUUAAAACCGCCUCAGGUUUUGUCCUCUGCCCUGUCAAGCCAGGAUUAUCUCCUGCUGAACCAUUAAUUCUAUGACGACGAGGCUUUAAUACGAGCUGAAGUGUCUUGUCCGUUCCUAUCUCUCCUAAGUCAGACCCUGGGGACUCCUCAUUGCCUCCGUUCCAUGAGACAUGUAAAAUAAAGCGUUGUUGGUGGGUCUCACUCCAUUUCUUUGCUUCACUCAAAGUCAUGGGGUCUGUUCUCCUCUGUUCCCUGUUCAGGGAACACUCAGGAGUGAAGAGCAAAAAUGUUCUUUCUUCCGAAACGCACUGUGGUGUUUGUUGCACAAAAGCUCUGGAUAAGGUGUUGUAGCGAAGGUGAAAUUCAAACCAAUGGCGUUUCAAAUGCAUUUUCUUGUUGUUGUUGUGUUUUUUCUGCCAAAAGUUGCUGGCUCCAUUUAGGAGCAGCCAUUUAAGAAACAUAUAUUUCGCAAAAUCUGAAAUAAGCCAUAUUGCAAUAGAGAGUCAUUGGAGGUAAUGAUGUGGUGAUAGGGAAUGUGGUCAGAGAUGUCUGCGUGGUCUGAGUCCUGUUUGAAAUUCUGGUUUUCAACCUGUGACCAGUGAUGCAUGUGGGUUUUUUUCCCCAUAUCUUCCCCAUUAACUUCUGUUGUAACUAUGUUACAGUAUUUUCUGUUUUAAACCCAUUUGGUGUCGUACACAUAUAACUUUUGCUACCAGUUGGAGUUGGACUUCUGGGCAGAGACUUCUCAUGAUAUUUGAGCACUGUAGCUGUUAAAUUACCUAUUCAGGAAAACAAACAACAAAAUGAUGUUCAGAAUAUUUUUUUUGCAGAUAUUGUAAGUUGUGGGUGUUGCCUACUUUAAUAAAAUCCCUUGCGGAUA